AUGUAUACUUUUGUCAACAAUAUUAUACGUUUUUCAAAUAAGACAACCUUGGAUGACUUUAUCCUAACAGGGUUAUCUACCAAGCACUCCAUUGAAUUCCCACUGUUUAUGCUCUUCCUGGUGAUUUAUGUGUUUUCAUUUUUAAGUAACAUUUCUAUGACAUUGCUGAUAGGGGCCGUCCCCAAGCUACACACUCCUAUGUAUUUUUUCCUGAGCCAUUUGUCAUUGAUUGACAUGUGUUAUUCCUCAACUAUUUUACCCAAGAUGCUAUCAGAUUUCCUAACAAAGCAAAAGUAUAUCUCUUUCAGGGCAUGUGCAACACAAAUGUUUUUCUUUGCUAUGUUUGCAACCUCUGAGUGCUUCAUGGUGACUGCUAUGGCAUAUGAUAGAUAUGUAGCAAUAUGUCAGCCUCUUCUGUACCAUAUCAAUAUGAACAAUACCUUUUGCUGGUUGCUGGUAAUUGGAUCUUAUAUGAGCAGCCUCGUUGCCUCUGUAACACACACUGUUGCCAUUUUUAGCUUUCCCUUAUGUGGCUCCCACGAAAUUAACCAUUUUUACUGUGAUAUCCCUCCACUUUUAAAGCUUAUAUGCAAACAUUCCCAUGCAAGGAAAUCUGUCAUAUUUUCCCUUUCUUUGGCAAUGGGGAUUGUUUCUUUGUUUAUAAUACUGACUUCUUAUGUAUAUAUAAUCUCUACUAUCCUUGGCAUUCAGUCAACGCAUGGAAGAUCUAAAGCCUUCUCCACCUGUGCUUCACAUCUGACUGUAGUGAUCUUAUUUUACAGCAGUGUUUUUUGUAUUUACUUUAGUCCUAGUUUGGGCCUGGAAUUAGGGAAUAUAGAUAAAUUCUUUUCAAUAUUUUAUAGUGUGGCCUCUCCCUUGUUGAACCCUCUUAUCUACAGUUUUAAGAACACGGAAGUGAAAAAUGCACUGAAACAUUUUCUGAUCUUAAACAUAAAAAUGAAGCAUCUAAACACCUAA